AGCGUGCCUUGUUGUUGUUGAACUUCAUUGUUUUUGGCUAAGCCUCGAAAUCCAGAAAAAUCGUGAGCGAAGAUGAUGCACAUGACCUUUUACUGGAGCAGGAAGGUGAAUCUCCUAAUAGAUUCAUGGAAGACCAACGAUUGGACGGAGUAUCUCAUCACUCUGCUCGCAUGCCUCGUCGUUGCCGCCUUCUACCAGUUCCUAGAGAAUCGCCGCAUCCGCCUCAAGCUCAUCGGCGCCGGAAAUCCCUUCCCGGCAGAGAUCGAGGCCCCGCUUCUGCGACGGAAGCUUGCCGGAAACCGCGCCAAGGUGGGCGUGAAGGUAGCCGGAGCGUUUCUGUUCGGGCUGAGCUCGGCGAUCGGGUACUUGCUGAUGUUGUCGGUGAUGUCCUUCAACGGUGGGGUGUUUGUGGCCGUCGUCGUGGGUCUUGCUGUUGGUUACUUCUUCUUCAGGAACGAGGGCGAAGAUUCCCUUGUCGUUGAUACUUCGUGUGCCUGUGCUUAAAUCUUCCAAUUUCCUGUAAUAAUAAUAAUAUAAUAGGAGUAGUAGUGCUUGUUAAUUAUUUUUCCGUUCAUUUCUAGUAUUUUCCGUUUUUAAUUUAGCAAACUUGUUUCAAGGAAUUUGGGAUUUGUGAUUUCGUAUAUGAAAUUGUAAUUAACUGUAAUUGUAAUCAAGAUAGUACAAUGGGAACUCUUGAUUCUAAAGUUGAAUUUAUUGUGUGAUUCAGAGGCAAA